UGGGGAGGUGGUGGGGAUGUGCUUCCGCAGGCUCGGGGGGGGGGGGGGGGGGGGGGGGGGGGGGGGGGGGGGGGCAACAUGGGUGUACUGGGAUGUCAAGGACUCCCUAGUCCUCGUGCGUUGCAAGAGAGACCAAGAAGACUACUUUGCCAAUGCCAGGAACAACUUUGCCAACGCGGGCAGCAAGUUUGCGAGAAUGAAGAUGAAGGACUGGAGGUGGAGGGAAAUCGCGAAGCGGAUGGACCAACGGGGGGUUAAGAGUGACUGGGCCCCUGCAUGAAGAGAUGGGAAAGCAUUGUAGGGUGUAUAAGAAGAUCUUGGAGAGAGAGGCAGACUCCGGCUUCCAAUCUUUUUUCACUUUCAUGGCGAAGCAGCGGAAGGAGAAGGUCUACAACUUCACGAUGGACCGAUCCUUGUAUGACGCCAUUGAUGCAAUGCAGGGCAGCAACCAAGCCAUUCACCCGCCGAACUUGGCGGACACCGGAGCGAGGGAGGUGCCGCUGUCUCAAGAAGGCGAACAAAGCCAGGUUCGUGGCAAGACUGCAGUCGGCAAGCCGUCGGCAAGCGAGAACUUGGACGAUGUCGACGAUGGAUACGCCAGCAGGUUGUCAGGCAGUGGGCCGCCUGGGAAGCGCAAGAAUGAACGGCAGAUGACGUUCGAGGCUGUUACCGACGAUGAAGACGUGCAUUUUGGCUGGAGGAAGGCAUAUGCUAAUGUACGACAACAAUUUGAAUGACACAGAAUGAAAGAAGAUGUGAUAACAUGUGUAAGAACUUGUCCUGUCUAUCAACGGAACAAACUGUCCCAUGAGAA